AUGGAAUCUAGUGGUUGAUCCUCACCAUUUGCUCCAGACACCAGGCAUUGGCUCAUCUGUCAGGCGAAUAUCGGCGACAUAUUCUCGCCUUUGGUGAAACAAGCUAUGCGCAGCCGCAUCGCACUGAGAGACAAUGGAGACUCCAUCCAUCGUGUUACCGACACUCCCUUUGGCGUUCACCUAUCCUGGUGGCUUAGAGCCCAGCCAUCUGAUCGGGUACGGUCAUGCAACGUCUCAUCUGGUCUUAACCCAUGAAAGGGAGGUUAUAAUUGCUCAUGCUCGUGCGGAUCGCAUCCAAUUCAUCGACUCGAACAAUCAUGAAAUCGAAUCCGCUGUUUCGUUUACCAGCGCAUUCGCUGAAGAGGCGUGGACAAGGUCACGCGACAUGCUUGUGCGCUGUGUGGCCCUGGGGCAGCCUGAAUCAAUGUCCUCAGAAGUCUUAACGGUGGCCUCGCAAGGAAAACACAUCGGUGUAUGGCACAGCACGUCACCCGCAAAAGGUGUUCGCAGAUGGACUGUCCAUUCAACAUGGACAGUCCCUGAGGAAGGUACAAAUACGCAUCCGCUGGAAGUCCUUUCGCUAUCCAUGCAUCGUGGCAAGGUUCUUGUUGGCACCACCCAUGGACUCUCCGUGUGGACCUUGAAUGAAGGUUCACGUGUGUGGAAAAAGUUAUGGGGCUGCAAAGCGCCUGCCGGUAAAAUAAUAGCUUCUGCUCUGUGGUCACCAGAUGGUGCUCAUUUUGCUGCAUGCUUGAAUCAUGAUCGAAGGGUCUUGAUAUGGGGCAUGGCCACUGCCACUCAAAAGCUAGAAAAGCUCGGAAUUCCGUUCGUGCUUGACCGCCUGGUCCUCCCACGCAAGAUCACCUCCAUCCACUGGCGUCGAUCACCGACCCUGUUAACUGAUGGAGCCCCCACUUCCGUCCAAAGAUGUGAAGUACUUGUGGUACGAACACGUGAGGGUGUCUGCCGAAUUUAUUCGCCCGUCAUCGAUCAGCCGUCCAAAUUUCGGCUGUGGGCAUCUGUCGACGAAGGCUCCUUUGGCCUUUCGGAAGGUAUUUCGAACGUGGAGCCGACAAAGAAGAAGCGAGGCUCAACAAUCUACUUCGACGCAGGAGACCUUUCUAUUGCCUGCAACGUCUCCUUACAACACAUGCAGCAAGAGCUGCAGAUGCUCGAGCUUGGCAUCGGCACAAGUGCACAUACGAAUGAUACCCGCACCUUUCCUGCUGUGGAAAGGGAUGUGGAGCAGGAAAAACGCAAGGAUCUCCUGCGGACGAGGGUCCGGCGCCUUGAGCACUUUAUGCAGGACACUCCAGACAUGUUCAUGAGAAUUCAAGAAGAUGGCGAGAUCGUGGUCAGGGGCACCGCCAAUGUUGAUCGCACACCUCCGAGUCUCGUUCAAAGUUUCACUGCUCUUAAAAUACACCAUCGCUCCAGCUUACUUGCAAAAUGGAUGGCAUUAGCCCAACCACUCUCUUUCACACCUCUCAUUCCAACAGGCACUGUCGCUCACUCUCACAUUCCGUACCCAUCGUAUCCAAGUGCCGCCAUGACCCUAGUAUCUGAAAUUGGCGCCUGCUCAACAGCAUUAAUCAGUCCAGAGCUUUUAUUCGAUGGCCACGACAGCGGACUGCGCGUCGCCUGCUCUGCCAUUGAGAACAAGCCAUCACGCCAGGGACAUCGCAGACGCAUCACUAGCCUGACAACUGCAAGGUCCGGCGAGUUGUUAUCCCUAGCUGAAACUUGCAGCUCGGCUUGCGAGGUGAUUCGUUGGAGCAUCGACGCUUCAGGCAAACUGUGCCAGCUCACCGGGGCCGUGCAGGUCCCUCAAAUGCCGAUCGCACUGGCUACUUUACAUGACAGUCUGGUGUGCAGCAGCUCUGAUGGGAUUUUCGUACACGACCGUCUGCACUCAGACAAGGUGGCCCGAGAGCACGAUGCAGCCCAUGUAGUCGCACUGCUUAGCAUCGGCUCGCCCCACGAAGAAGGCGUGUUGGGCAUUCGGAACGACGGACACUGUCUUUUCGUCAAAGAAGGUGAACAUGCGAAAGCUCGUGGAAUGCUGCCCAUGGACCCAUCCUCACGAGUUGCCUGCGCCGGAUUGAUUCAAGAUGGUGCAACCCUUUUAUGCUGCGCACUCUUGGGCAAUGAGACACUCGUCGCAUGGGUAAGUCUUGAUACAUCGGCGGCGCGGUGGGUACAACUUUCCAGUCAUCAAGUUCAUGGAAAAAGAGACGCAGCCAUACAGAUUUCUCGAAAUGGAAAAGUGGCACUGACCGGAAUUGACACGAAAACUGGAGCAAACGUGCUGCUCAUCUGGGAUUCCAAGAGCAGCGAGUUCUCUGAUGGCAUGGAGCACUGCGAGACUAUGAAAGCUCCAGUUAUCUCCUUGUCGUGGAACGCUGAAUGCACAGUGCUGGCGCUCGCUCUCGACACCCAUAUCGAAAUCUUGACUGCAUCUCGCUGGCGUUACGAUAGCGAUCGCGGGAGCAGGGUCUUGAACGGCUGGCAGCGGAUCGGGAAACUGCAUUGCCAUGCUUGGUGCCCGCGCAUAGAUAGCCUCUCGUUCGCAAAGGCCGACUACAUUUGCGUAGCGUCUGCCAACAUCAUUCGAAGUUUCUCUCCAAUUUCGACAGAUGGUCACCGGCAGCGUGCACAUCUACAAGAGCUUGCGGCUCGCACCAAUGGGCCGGUCCGCCAGUAUCAUCCAGACUUUCUACAACAAUGCCUUCUUUGGGGGUACGUCGACGUCGCCAAAACCAUCAUACUCCACUUGCACUCGGCGCUCAGACAUACGACGGCGGGAGACGUAUUUUCUGUUCAAGAAGUAGACCUUCUCGCCUACCGAAAGGGGGAACAAGACUUCACGGGCACCAGCGAAUCGAAGAGUUCGGCCUAUAUGGCGCACAACUCACUUUUCGCGAAUGUGGACCAGCAGGACAGCCACUCGAGCGACUUAACGGAGGCUCACAUCGAAGAUCUUCAAGACCGGCUACCCUCGUCAUUGCUCAGCGACCUGGACGGUUCAGAGCAAAUAAACCUAAAACGAAUGGCCCGAGUCACGCUCGAAGUCGACGAGCAGAAAGGUGCACUCGACAGCAGCGGGGUGCGAUACUUGGUUGCGCUGCGAGAUUUUGCUGCACGAGCGGGUACAGACAUUCCAGGAGAGCAUUAUCUCGAUCAUCGCGAUAUUCUAUGGGCUUUCCACAGUGAGACUCAAGAAAUGAUCGUCAGUGCAGUCGAUUCGCUCUUCCAGGGCAAGGUGACAUGGCCAGCAGCGAAGGCAACUGGUCUCUUCAUGUGGCUUGGAUCGCAGGACUCGCUGCGAUCACAGGCGGAGAAUGUGGCUAGAAGUCAGUUUAUGGCAGGCGAAGACAGAGAUCCGGUCUCGUGCUCGCUGCUCUAUUUUGCGCUGGGCAAGCAAAAGCUUGUGCACAGCCUGUGGAGGCAAGCUGUCUGGCACCCGGAGCAGAGGAAGAUGAUCGCUUUUCUGGCAAAUAACUUUACGGAAGACCGAUGGAAAGCAGCAGCACUCAAGAAUGCAUUUGUGCUGCUGAGCCAGCGUCGAUUCGAGUUUGCAGCGACAUUUUUCAUGCUUGCGGACAGCCUCAAAGAUGCAGUGAACGUAUGUGUGCGUUAUCUUAACGACGUGCAGCUCGCCAUCGCUCUCUGUCGCAUUCGCGAGGGACGCAGUGACGGGCCCAUCCUUUUGGAGCUUUUGAAGGACCGCGUGCUUCCCUUAGCAUUCGAAACAGGCAAUCGCUGCCUUGCGAGUUGGGCUUUCUGGAUGCUAAAUCGAAGGGACCUCGCUGUACAAGUGAUUGUCACGCCUUUCCCCGAGCUGCUCGCAGACGCCGAGGUCGCUCAGUUGAUGGGAACUGUGGAGCACUGUGCUUUUGGAUACUACGGCGACGCCUCGCUGGCUCUUUUGCUUGCUGACCUGAAAGGCAAAACUGCGCAAACGGCUCUCGGACUUGCAAGAAUACCCGUCGACCAAGAAUGGCGCUUUGUUCUGUAUGCGAACCAUGUGCUCGGCAGGCUAGGCUGUCACAUGUUAGGUCUCUUGCUGCUCAGAGAUUGGGUCUUUGACCGACCCGACAUUAGCCAUAUUGUCAAAGAGCCGUCGACAAAUUCAAAGCUGAUGUCACGCCGUCGCUCAAGCCUGCUUGUCAAUGAAAUCGGCGACAGUGCGGCUGUGCUUGGAUCCAAAUCAGCAUCAGCAGCUGUUACAACAGCUCAAGUGGAGAAAAGUAAGAAGGGAUCCAUGAAUGCGCUGUUCGACGAGCCGGAAGAGGCACCAAUUCACCUCACGGCGGCAACGAACCCAUUACCCGCCAAAUCAGCAGCGCUCGCCUCUGAUGCUGCUGCUACAGGCGGAGAAGGCGCGCCCAAACCUAAGGGGUUUGCAAAUCUUAUGAAGGCGGCUGCGAAUGAUCAGCAACACCAGGCUGCACAGUCCUUCGACUUUGGCAGCUUUGAUUUCUGAAUCGCAGGUGGCCAAGGACAUGUCCGACGGUCGCGGCAGACGCAACCAUUGUAGCAUCAUCCGCACGUGGCAUGUACUCGAUCCUCGCACAUACAAGCUCACCGGCUUUUCUAGCCAAGAAUGAAAAGAAGUAGUGCCCAGCAGCGAGGCAGCGUGGUACGUGCUGAGCACAGAUCGACGACCGUCAAAACUUGAC